AUGGAGACCUUCAGAAAUUUUCGUGUUCUCUGUUUAAUCUUUGUAGGGGUAAUUGUUGGGCUUAAAGGUGAAGAGAUGAAAAAUGGAACUGCUCAUAGUCAAGGCAAUGCCACUUUAGUAACUCUAUCUCAUGAAGGUAAAAACGAAGAAGUAAAAGGAAAAGACAUUAACAGUUCCUCGAAUGAUGUUGUGUUCAACACAAGCAAAGGUAGUUCGUAUAAUAGAGGAGGAGGUGGAGGUGGAGGUCGGGUUGGAGGAGGAUUCAGAUGGGGAUGGGGUGGCGGAGGUGGUGGUGGUGGAGGAGGUGGAGGGGGUGGUGGUGGUGGUGGAGGUGGAGGUGGAAGUGGAUGGGGAUGGGGUGGAGGAGGGGGUGGUUGGUGGAAAUGGGGGUGUAGAGGUGAACCAAGACAUGGUAAAAGGAAACAAGGAGUGAGGGGCAUGAAGAACCAUUACUCAUCAAAGGAAGACUAUAGGCUUGGGGAGUUUGCACAAUGCAUGGUAAGAACAAGGUGCCGAGGCAUGAGGUUGGAUUGUCCUCUUCAUUGUGGUGGACCUUGUUUCUAUGAUUGCCGCCAUAUGUGCAAGGCUCAUUGUCUCCGACCCUGA